AUGAGCAAUGUCAUUACCCAAGGCUGGCCUCCGAAGCCUACCUUUACCGAAAAGGAACUGGGAGACAUUGCUGGAAAGGUCGUCAUCGUCACCGGCGGAUACUCAGGCGUCGGCUACCAACUCUCCAAGAUCCUCUACGCCGCAAACGCAACCGUCUACAUCGCCGGCCGCCGCGAGCAAGUCGGCUUGGACGCUAUCAAGUCCAUCGAGGAAGCUCACCCCGACUCCAAAGGACGGCUCGAAUUUCUGCAGCUCGACUUGGCCGACUUGUCCACCAUCAAAGCCAGCGCAGACGCUUUCCUUGCAAAGGAGUCUAGACUCGAUGUCCUCUUUAACAAUGCGGGAGUCAUGAAUGUGCCAAAGGGCGACUCUGGCCUGACGAAGCAGGGCCACGAAUCCAUGGUUGGAGUCAACUGUCUCGGCCCAUACCUCUUUACCAAGCUCCUCCACCCAUUGCUUGAAUCAACAGCCAAGACUUCGCCGCCAGGAAGCGUCCGUGUCGUCUGGCUCGGAUCCAUCAUGAUACAGCUGAUGGCGCCCAAGUACGGCAUGGACAUUGACAACUUCGACUUCAAGAAAAACAAGCCCAAUCUCACUGUCCGAUACUCGAUCAGCAAAGCUGGCAAUCUGUUUAUUGGCAGCGAAUGGGCCAAGCGAGAUGCCAAGACGGGAAUUGUACAUGUGACUGUGAACCCCGGCAACCUCAGGACGCCUCUCCAGCGCGGCAUGUCCGUGUUUGAGCGUUAUGCAAUCACAUUGCUUCUCCACGAACCCAUCUACGGUGCCUACUCGGAACUCUUCGCGGGCCUGUCGCCAGAUGUCAGGCCAGAGGACAGCGGACGAUUCAUCAUUCCCUGGGGCCGAUUCGGCACGACGCGCCCAGACAUUGACGCAGGUGGCUUGGUUUCUCAGAACGGAGAGCCUUCGCGGGCGGCCAAGUUCUUCGAGUACUGCGAGGACCAGACAAAGGCUUACGCGUAA